AUGAUUUUUCUAAUGGAUCUCCAGAUGAUGCUUCUAGAUUUGAUUUACUUCAUCCUGCGCAGUUCUGUGCGGGUCGUCCUGCGCCCACGCACUAAGCCCAUCGAUGGCGAGCUGGUGCUGAUCACCGGGGCGGGUGGUGGCCUGGGUCGUCUCUUCGCUCAGGAAUUCACCAAGCAUGGGGCAGAAGUGGUGCUGUGGGACAUCAACACCAGUUCCAAUGAGCAGACAGCCAAGCUGGUGCGUGAGAUGGGGGGAAAGGCGUACACCUACACGGUGGACGUGACCAACAGCGAGGAUGUGUAUCACAAUGCAGACCUUGUGCGAAAGGACGUGGGCCGGGACGUUACAAUGCUAGUGAACAAUGCAGGAGUGGUUGCUGGGAAGCGCAUGUUAGACUGUCCUGAUGAGCUAAUUGAGAGGACCAUGAAGGUCAACUGCCUUGCCCUCUUCUGGACAGUGAAGGCCUUCCUGCCUCAGAUGAAAGCACAGAAUCAUGGACACAUCGUGACCAUCGCCAGCGUCCUCGGCCUCUUCAGCACAGCUUGUGUCGAGGAUUACUGUGCCAGUAAAUUUGCUGCAGUGGGAUUCCACGAGUCUCUGGCCCAUGAGCUGCUGGCCGAGGAGGUUGAAGGAGUGAAGACGACUCUUGUGUGUCCCUAUAUCGUGGACACAGGCAUGUUUGCAGGCUGCAAGAUACGGGAGGAAGUGGAAGUGCUCCUGCCCCCUCUGGAGCCCCAGUACUGUGUUGAGCAGGCCAUGAACGCCAUCCUGAUAGACCAACCGUUAGUGUGCAUCCCUCGCCUCACCUACCUGCCUUUUCUCUCCAGAGCACUGUUGCCGUGGGAAUCCAAUGUGGUUACAUACCGUUUCAUGGGGUCCGACAAGUGCAUGUACCCCUUCAUUGACAGCAUGAACAAACAACCAACUAAUGGCUCCGUUCAGGUUGCAUAA